AUGACGAGCAAACUAUUUUGGUUUAUUUUUAUAACGUCAGUUAUCGCGAUUACAGCGUUUACUGUUUUGGAAGACAAUUUCGAAGAUGAAGACGAUAAUGACAUCGAUGUUCAUGGGAGAAGAGAAGGCAAAAUUUUAUUCCCAUUCGUCAGCAUCGUCCGUUUCGCCAACGUGGAAUGUUCCAGUUCGAGUACAAUGAACGGCACAUGUCUUGCUCGUCGCGAAUGCAAUAAUCUUAACGGCACCAUUACAGGCACUUGUGCUUCUCGGAGAGGCAGAUGUUGCAUUGUAUCAAGAAGUUGUGGAGCUACUACAAACGUAAACAACACUUACUUCACUAGUCCGGGAUACCCUUCAGCGUACGCUGGCGGACAAGCCUGCAGCAUCAUAGUUAAUCGCUGUAAUAGCAAUGUUUGUCAGCUUCGAAUUGACUUCUUGGAUUUGGUCUUGGCGCAACCCGAUGGCGAUGGCAUUUGCAACACCGAUUCCAUAAGUAUAACUGGAGGGAAUACAGUGGUCCCACUUCUUUGCGGAGACAAUACGGGCCAGACUUUAUUCGUUGAUUUCAAUGGGAACACCGCUAUAACAAUAACCGUGACAGCUACUCUUGCCACCACGUUUUCAAGGCGAUGGAACAUACAACUAACUCAACUAGGAUGCGAUUGUCCUGGAAUAGCGCCAAACGGAUGCUUGCAAUACUACACGGGUAUGACUGGGACCAUAAAUAGCUUCAAUUACGGCACCGCGGCUAACACUGCUCUGAGCGCGUCACUCGUCACAGGAACUAGACAAAUCGCCAAUUUAAAUUAUGGCAUAUGCAUCAGAAUGGAGGCCGGUUUUUGUGGCAUACAGUAUGCACAGUCUGCUAGCAGCGUUUUUUCCUUUACCGUGACGGGGGAUGUCGAAGGCGCUGAUAAUACAGUAUUAGGGACGGCAGUAGGAGCAGUGAACGGGGCGGCGUGUACAACCGAUUUCGUUGUUAUACCCAAUCCUGUAAUUACUGCCACUGGUGUACCAGUCAACACUGAUCGUUUUUGUGGCCUCGGUUUCGUGCCCGUGCAAUCUAACGCUAAACCGUUCGUCUUAUACGUUGUAACGAACGGUAAUGAAGGUGUAACUGCAACGACGCCGCCAGAUGUCGCCAACAGAGGUUUUUCACUCACAUACACUCAAGUCGCCUGUUAG